CUUUGAGGGGCUGUUUCGUAUUCACUGCAGGAUGCACAGACCCCGCCCGGCUGGCGGAAUCACCGUUUGUUGAGUGAAUACUUGAACGUCUGUGCAUGGCAUGCAUGUGCCUGCAAUUUGCUCAUCUUUACCACACACUUGGCUGCAAUGGCUGUCACCUCCAGUAGGCCCCCUGCCAAGGACAGAGAUCUCAGGGACAGUCAAGGAGACUGGAACUGCUCAGCUGGGGACAGGGAGCCUAGGGGGCCCUGGCAGGCCCCCAAGCCUCUCCUGGGUUGUCCUGGCCAAUUCACAGGGAGGUUGACCCCAGCUCCCAGGAAUAAAAGAUUCUGACCUCUCCGUGGCAAUGAGCCCCUGCCCCAGAGGUGUGCGGGAGAUCCCUGGUUAUCUGAGGUGUCUCCAGGGUAUGUCCGCUGAAACCCCCCCUUCUCUUCACUGCCCACUGAGCCUGGGACCCGCUGCUGGUCACGUGCUUGGCCCUGUAGCAUCGCUAGCCGUGCUCCCCAGUGUGCUCCCCGCCCCCUGCCGCGGAGCCUCCCGGCUCCCCUCCCCACCACACCUGCGGGCUGUGGCUCUCCGCGGGAGAUCUCACCGUUCUGGAGACAGGGCUCGCCCUCUCUCAUUGGAGACUGGAAGGACGGGCUGUCUGGGCCUUAGGAAAGGCCCAUGCUGUAUAAGGCAUGGGGAAAGGAAAGGAAGAAAGGCAACGAACAAGGAGCGCUUCUAACUGCUGCUUCCUGCCAGCUGCAGGCCUCCCUUCCUAAGUUGGGCUAAGGUUUCCUCUCCAUGGGCUGGGGAGGGGUCGCCAGUAGGCCUCAGCGGGUCCUCUUUGGCUCGGACAGCGGUUCUCACGAAGGGUCCUGGGCCGGCAUCAUCAGUUUCACCUGGGAACCGGUUAGAAAAGCAAAUUCCCUCGGCCUCACCCAGACCCACGCCAAGGGCAGCUGUGGAGUGGGGCGCAGCGAUGCGCACAUUAGCAGCCCUCCAGCUGCCCGGCCACCCUGCUUCUCCGCCCGGAGCCAUGAAUCUCAGUAGCGCCAGCAGCACGGAGGAAAAGGCAGUGACGACCGUGCUCUGGGGCUGCGAACUCAGUCAGGAGAGGCGGACUUGGACCUUCAGACCCCAGCUGGAGGGGAAGCAGAGCUGCAGGCUGUUGCUUCAUACGAUUUGCUUGGGAGAGAAAGCCGAAGAAGAGAUGCAUCGCGUGGAGAUCCUGCCCCCAGCAAACCAGGAGGACAAGAAGAUGCAGCCGGUCACCAUUGCCUCGCUCCAGGCCUCAGUCCUCCCCAUGGUCACCAUGGUAGGAGUGCAGCUUUCUCCCCCAGUUACUUUCCAGCUCCGGGCUGGCUCAGGACCGGUGUUCCUCUGUGGCCAGGAACGUUAUGAAGCAUCAGACCUAACCUGGGAGGAGGAGGAGGAGGAAGAAGGGGAGGAGGAGGAAGAAGAGGAGGAAGAUGAUGAGGAUGAGGAUGCAGAUAUAUCUCUGGAGGAGGAAAGCCCUGUCAAACAAGUCAAAAGGCUGGUGCCCCAGAAGCAGACGAGCGUGGCUAAGGUGGGGGAAGGAGUGUGGCUGUUUGGAAGGAAGUGGUGCCCCUACAGAAGCACCUCAGAGGGAUGGGCCACCGGGAGCCUGGGCCAGCCUCCCAAGCUGAGUGUGCAGGAUGGGCCAAGGCCACCUCGGCUAGUUCUGGCCAGGUGCUCAGCGGGAACCUUGUGGACCUUGGGAAUCUGUUCUGGCUCUGGACUUUGUCCUAACUCUCCUAAUAAACUGUUUUUUGGUUCCCAGAAAAAAAAGCUGGAAAAAGAACAAGAGGAAGCAAGGUAACUCUUCCUACCUGUUAAAUUAGCUGAAAUCUCUUAGCUGAGAUAUACAGUGUUAGAAUACUGUGCUGUUGGCAUGUACGCGUACAAAUGUCCACACGGUGUAUAUACCUGCACAUGCAGGCACACAGGUAUGGAAGUUCUGGAGGGUGGCAUCACCUUUCUGGAAAAGCAUUACAACAUACUUACCUUGGGACCUAAUUCCACUGAAGGCAAUUCCUUCCACAGAAUUCCAUCUAAAAUUCAGGGGAAAUUAUCUGCACUAAGAUAUUUCUCAUGGCUGGGCACAGUGGCUCGUGCCUGUAAUCCCGGCACUUUGGGAUGCCAAGGCAGGUGGAUCACUUGAGAUC